CCAGUCUGUGCUGAAAGAUAUGAGUAAGGUGAGGAAGCUGAAGCAGUCAGGUGAGCCUUUUCUCCAGGAUGGCUCUUGCAUCAAUGUAGCUCCACAUCUGCACAAGUGCCGGGAGUGCCGUCUGGAGCGGUACCGCAAAUUUAAGGAGCAAGAGCAGGAUGACUCAACUGUGGCAUGUCGCUUCUUCCAUUUCCGGAGGCUGAUAUUUACCCGGAAAGGUAUUCUAAGAGUAGAGGGUUUCUUGAACCCACAACAGAGUGACCCUGAUGCCAUGAGCCUAUGGAUUCCUUCCUCCUCCCCUGCAGAGGGGAUUGAUCUGGAAACUUCGAAGUAUAUUCUGGCCAAUGUUGGGGACCAGUUCUGCCAGCUUGUUAUGUCGGAGAAGGAGGCAAUGAUGAUGGUGGAGCCACAUCAGAAAGUGGCAUGGAAGCGAGCAGUACGUGGUGUGAGGGAAAUGUGUGAUGUAUGUGAGACAACACUCUUCAAUAUUCAUUGGGUUUGUCGCAAGUGUGGUUUUGGGGUCUGUCUGGACUGUUACCGGCUGAGGAAGAAUCGUCCACGUAGUGAGACAGAGGAGAUUGGUGAUGAGGAAGUCUUCUCAUGGCUGAAGUGUGCAAAGGGUCAGUCUCAUGAGCCAGAGAAUCUUAUGCCGACACAGAUCAUUCCUGGUACAGCGCUUUACAAUAUUGGAGACAUGGUUCAUGCGGCACGAGGCAAAUGGGGUAUUAAAGCCAAUUGUCCGUGUAUUAACCGACAGAACAAAUCAGUGUUGAGACCAGCUGUCACUAAUGGAAUAUCACAGCUUCCAACUGUAAAUCCUAAUGCAUCAGUCUCUGGAAACGAGAGCACCUUUUCCACUGGAGCAGGAACAGCAGGGAUGGGACAAUUAGAAAUGGACACUGUUCCAAAAUCUGAAGUAACUGAUAGUAGGAUAGAAGAAUCUUCCAAAACAGAGAUGUUGCCAACCAAUAACGCAGGUGAAAUAAAGACUAACAGGCCGCUUUGUCCAGAAACAGCUCCAUCGUCAGCCUUACACUGGCUUGCAGAUUUAGCAACACAAAAAGCAAAAGAAGAAACAAAAG